UACUUUUGUAACACACUGCGCCAGCCAUCCACCGAAAACAAACAUGCCGGGAGAGAGCCCUUGCGAUAGCUAUAUAUUCAUUUCCAUCCCUUCCUUCACAAAAUAUUUUCUCCAUUUCCCUCCCCGCAAUAAUCUUUCUCGUUCUUCCAAUAAACUGUUCCGACCUCGGUAUCCGCUGCGUUCCGAUCCCUUUCUCGUCCGUUUCCGUGCACUUUUCGCCCGAAUCAAACUCCAUUUCCUCGAUCUUUCUCGGUGUGAUAGGAUUGUUUUUUUAAUUUCUUUUUUUUUUUCGUAUACUGCGAUUCCGGUGAGUUUUGGACUGUUUCUUGCUGGUUUAUACGGAAAGGAUCUGUCGCGGUUUCCAUCCGGUUUCGGUGAAUUUUUGUUGCAGCAGUGUUACUUUUUUUUCGCUAGAGUUUGACUAGACUGUUGGCUUGAAUUCCGGUUGAGGAUCGCUGAGGAAGAUAAUUUUUAGGGUUUUUGAGGUUGUCGAUGAAGGUAGUGAUGGUAUAGACUAUUGUGGUGAAUAUGGACGAUAGAGAAGGGUCAUUUGUUGCUGUUAGGAGAAUUUCUCAAGGCCUGGAGAGAGGCAACACCUGCCAUUCAACUUCCGGUUUGGAUCUGUGACUUGGAAGUGACUCUUGGAUAUAUAACCCUAGUAUAAGUGAAGUUCUACGCUGACUUCAUGUCUUCUGCUAUUCUUGAUUGCUGUGCUGAAGUUGUGGCAGGAUCGGCAGCAUGGCUUGGCCGAGGUCUUUCUUGUGUGUGCGCACAAAGAAGAGAGAGUGAUGCUCGCCCUUCAUUUGACUUAACCCCUGGCCAGUGUCUGGUAUCCCUGAUUUUGAAGUUUCAUAAACCUUGCCACUUGCUUUUGGGUUUUAUCCAUCCUUAUGCCCUCCCAUAUGAGGAAUGCUUGCAGAGGCUGCAGAGUCGUUUAGAUGUUUCCUAUGAUUGUUCAAUCCCUGAGCACCAGGAAGCUUUAAGGGCUUUAUGGAAUGCUGCCUUUCCUGAAGAAGAACUCCGUGGUCUUAUAUCUGAGCAGUGGAAAGAUAUGGGUUGGCAGGGCAAGGAUCCAUCAACAGAUUUUAGGGGUGGUGGUUUCAUAUCAUUGGAGAAUCUGUUGUUCUUUGCUAAGAAUUUUCCGAAAACCUUCCAGGAUCUUCUCCAAAAGCAGGAAGGUGAUCGGUCAGUGUGGGAAUACCCAUUUGCUGUAGCUGGUGUGAACAUCACAUUCAUGCUUAUUCAGAUGCUUGAUCUGGAAGCAGUCAAACCACGGACACUGGUGGGAGCAACAUUUUUGAAGUUUCUUGCAGAAAGUGAAUCGGCAUUUGAUCUGCUUUAUUGCAUCACGUUCAAGCUGAUGGAUCAUCAGUGGCUUUCUAUGCAAGCAUCAUAUAUGGAUUUCAAUGCGGUGAUGAAAUCAACGCGUCAUCAGCUGGAACAGGAGCUAUUACUUGAAGACAUAACAAGGUUGGAACAGUUGCCAUCAUACGGCCUUCUUUCCCAAUAGUGUUACAGUUCUCAGAUUUAACAUACUGGCAUUUAACGGCAACAUUUGGUGGAGACACUUGUUCUUGUGACGGCAAGAUUUAUCACGUCACUAGAGACGAUCGUUUUUACAUAUAUGACAUGUUGUAUAUGAUAUGUUGCUUCUAGUUUCAAAUAUCACUUGAUUUCACAACAGCAUGUUACCAUUUGAUUUUGCAAAGGGUGGUUUUCCAGAGUUUGUAAGGCUGAGAAAGUACAAAAAAAGGUUUUCAAGCAGCAAGUUUAAAUGCUGCAUUUAUCUUUCUCCGCAGUUGACUUCCCUAAAACAUUUUUUCAAUUUCAGAACGUUUGGGCACCAA